UGCAUAUAUAUGGAUGUCAGAUAAAUGCAAUGAUUUAGUCCUACGUUUGAGAAAUUAAGUAAAAAAUAAGCACAUUAAUAUAAAAAUGCUAACGAGAGUAUUCCCACCGUUGGCAUUCCUUUUGGGCAUGGUGGGAAUGAGUAGUAGUCAAUCAUUUGGACAAUGUGAUUUUGAACAAGUUAUUGAAGCUGGCAUGUCUUAUUAUAUCUUCAGUCCCAAUUACAUCAAUGGAAAUUAUCCAGCUGGAUCUACUUGCAGAUGGACUGCUAAGAGUGAUCGACCCAUCAAGUUAUCAUGUGAUCCCUUCUAUAUACCUGAGAGUCCCAACUGUUCAUUGGAUGUAUUGUUAGUCCAAUCACCAAAUGGAGCUACUGAAAGAUAUUGUGAAACUGGUCCUUUUACUACUUACUCUCAAGGAAAUCAAAUGACGAUCUCAUUAAUAAGCUCUCCUCUUUCUCGAGGAGGUCGUUUUUAUUGCUUAUUAGAAUCUGUAAGCAAUAGAACCGAUUGUGCUUGUGGUUGGAAAAAUCCAACAAGAAUUGUUGGUGGAACAGAUACAGGAAUCAAUGAAUAUCCCAUGAUGGCUGCAUUAAUUGAUGUAAAAAAUAGAAUAGCAUUCUGUGGAUCGACUAUUAUUAAUCCCAAGCAGGUGAUAACUUCAGCUCAUUGUGUAGCUGGAAGGAAUCCACAAGAUAUAGGAGUUUUAGUGGGUGAUCAUGAUUUAACGAAAGGAACUGAAACCAAUGCUACCAAAUUAUUUAGAGUAGGAAGCAUCAUCAUUCAUCCAUUAUACACACCUCUUAAUCUAGACUAUGAUGUUGCUGUGAUUAAUAUUGACGGUACAAUUCCAUUUAACCAACAAGUAGGUCCAGCUUGUCUUCCAUUUCAACAUGCACCAGAUACAUUUGCAGGAGAUUAUGUAGAAUUGUUAGGUUGGGGAACUCUUGAUUCUGCUGAACCCCAAUCAAUGAUUUUACAGAAAGUCAAAGUAAGUGUCAUAACAAAUAAAGUUUGCAUGAAUACUUAUCGAGGAAUAGGGCCAAGACAACUGUGUACAUAUUCAGAUGAGAAAGAUAGCUGUCAGUAUGAUAGUGGUGGUCCUGUUUUAUGGCAAAACCCUACUACUCGACGUAUAGUUUUAAUUGGAAUGAUUGGCUAUGGAGGUUUGUGUGCUGAUGGAAAACCAGCUGUAAAUUCAAAAGUUGGUGCUUAUAUGGAUUGGAUUGUUCUGCAAGUUCCUCAAGUACAUUGUCCAAAAUCAUUUAGUAAAAUAUUAACAGAAGUUGGUAGUCGAUCAGUCAAAAAUGUUAGCUUCAAAGCUUAUCAUUUCGAAUUUAACACAUAUGUGCAAUGGAGUAAAGUUCAGUAUAUUAAUAGUCCAUUUUAUCCAAGCAAUUAUUUACCUGGUUCCAACUACCAGUGGACCAUAAAAGCCAAUGGGAAUUUCAAAUUAUUUUGCGACAUCUAUAUAAGUUGGCCUGACGUCCUCAUCAUCAAACAAUCAUCUGCUGGACGUGAUUUACGUUAUUACGGUAAAGAUAAGUUUACUGUAACUUCAAGGAAUAAUGUAAUGACAAUGAUCAUCAAUAGCUACCGCAACUCAAGGGGUGGACGUUUUCAUUGUAAAGCAGAGCGUGUAGGACAGUCAACAAAGAAUAAACAGUGCUCAUGUGGCUGGAAAAAUCCAAACAGAAUUGCUGAGGGAAUAGAAACUAAAGUUCACGAAUUUCCAAUGAUGGCUGGGUUGAUAAACAUUCAUAAUGUAAUAAGGAAUUUUAAAAAUGUCAUAUGCGGUGCUACAAUCAUCAACCCUCGUCAAGUUAUCACAUCAGCCCACUGUUUUGAAAAACAAACAUUGAAGAAUCUUAGAGUUAUGAUAGGUGGUCAUUAUUUGUAUGCAGGACAUGAAUCUUAUGAUACUCAAAUGUUAUACAUUAGAAAUGUAAGAAAACAUUUCUGGUACAAUCCAUCAAAUGAUGAUCAUGAUGUUGCUAUAGUUGAUGUACAAGGUGAUAUUAGAUUCAGUCCCAACGUAGGUCCAGCAUGUCUUCCUUUUAAAAAUCAGGAAAAAGUGUUUAAUUCUGAGAAAGUAACAAUUCUAGGCUGGGGUGUGACUGAAUACAGUGGUCCCAAAUCUACAGUAUUACGUAAAGCUGAUGUUACUGUUAUUUCAAAUUGGCAGUGUCAUAGAUACUACCACAAAUUGAAUGAUGAUCGGAUGUGUACUCUAGACCGAGUUUAUGAUAGUUGUCAGUAUGAUAGUGGUGGACCACUUUUGUGGUAUAAUCUUGGAGCAAGACGUUUAUUUCUGGUGGGAAUUAUUUCUAGUGGUGGAAUAUGUGGUGACAAUCGACCAGCACUGAAUACAAAAAUUAGUCCAUAUUUAUCGUGGAUAGAACAAAAUAAACCCAAUGCUCCAUUUGUGCUAUCUUCAUUGAUAAGCAUCAUCAGCUUGAUUGGAUCUAUCAGAGCUCAAUUUUUAAAUAAUUAUGAAGUAGAAUUGCUACCUGGUACCACAAAAUAUAUCAACAGUCCCAACUUCCCGUACAAUUAUGUUCCAGGAUAUACUUAUACUUGGACCAUCAGAAGUCAAGGACUUCUUCAAUUGGAGUGUGACAUUUCAGAGAUACCUUCGAAUGAUGUCUUAAUUGCCAAACGAAGUGCUGAUGAUACUGGUGUGAGAAGUGAUGGAGGCUACAGAUUUUUCGUCAAUCCACGAAGUACCAUAUUGUUACUUAUUUUACAAAGUAAUAUGAGAUCACGAGGAGGAAGAUUUCGUUGUGUAGCAACAUCAAAGUGUUCUUGUGGCUGGAAAAAUCCAGCUAGAAUUGCUGAUGGAGUAGAAACUGGGGUUAAUGAGUUCCCUAUGAUGGCAGGACUUGUUGAUGCAGACAGUAUGCCAAUGCCACAUAGAGGAGUUUUCUGUGGAGCUACGAUUAUUAAUCAUAAACAAGUCGUCACUGCUGCACAUUGUUUCGAGAAAAAAAGUGUCGACAGAAUAGGAGUUUUGGUGGGUGAUCAUAAUUUGCCUGAAGGUACAGAAACUGAUGCAACUCAAUUAUUUAGAAUACACACAAUUGUGAUGCAUCCAUACUUUAGCAGCAAUAGAAAUGAUUAUGAUAUUGCUAUUAUUACUAUUGAUGGUACCAUAGCUCUCAGUCCUAAAGUAGGUCCAGUUUGUUUACCUUUCCGACAUUCUCAAGAAUCAUUUGUUAAUCAGCCAGUUACUUUAUUGGGCUGGGGUGCAGUUGAAUAUGGUGGACAGAGAUCGACAGUUUUACAAAAAGCUCAAGUUAAUGUUGUUUCUAAUACCCAGUGUCAAGCUGAUCAUCAACGAAGUGUCAUCAAUAACGAUCAGAUAUGCACUUUGGAUCCAACUAAAGACAGCUGUCAGUAUGAUAGUGGUGGGCCAGUGAUCUGGCGUGAUUCUACUUCAAGACGAUUAUUCUUGGUAGGAAUAAUUUCAUGGGGCAGUAUAUGUGGAAAUAAUCAAUCAACAGUAAAUACUAGAGUCACUUCAUACGUCAAUUGGAUAGAAAGUUUGAAACCAGAAGGAUUUUAUUACUGCAAAAAUCCUUAA